GAGUCAGCAAAGAAAACGAUGGUCUCCUUUGUCCCGGAGGAAACAGAGCAACCCGACCAGGCAUCCAUGGUAGCCUCGCCCUCCCUCUAGAUAGAUGCAUGGGGUGCCCCCGCGCCGUGCGGGCGUGUCGGUCGGCGUGUGUUGGGGCCGUGGCGAUCUGCCUCCUCCCGGUCGUACUGCCGCUGCUGCUCCUCUGGCUGCCGCUUCUCUCCUUCGCCGUCGCCGUCGUCCGGUUCCGCCGCCGGCGGAGGAGAAUGAUGAUGACUAGGGGUGGCCGCUGCUUUCACGGCGGUGAUCGAUCGCCUCCGCCGGAAAGUGAGCCGGAUGGCCACCGGGCGGCGCGGCUGCACAAGUACCUCGAGGACCAGAUGGAGCUAGUGGAGGAGGAGGCCGGGGACGCCAUGGCGGCCGUGCUUGCAAGAAAUCCAUGGGCAGCGUAAGGAAAGAAACCCGUGCUUUCUUGCCGGAAACUUUCCCCCCUUUUUGCUCGACUUUUCUGGCUCCGGCAGAUGUUGCUCGCGAGGUUAGUAGCAAGGCGCCGAGAACAUCGUCUCCUGAUUAGUUGUGUUCACGCGGGUUGUUGGAUUGAUAUGUUAGCUGGAAUGGUUGGAGUUCUUGUUGAUUUCAUCUCAGCCCAUGUAUCUUUCCACUUGUAAUUUUUUGAGUUAGCGAGUCCGUCUACUCUCUCCUCAGUAUUUCUCCUCUCAACUCUGACAAAUGAGACCAUACAAGUUGAACAACUUGAGCAAGAAAUGCUGUGCUUUUGGUCGUGCUAAAUCCCCGUCAUCGAUCUUGUUCCCGGUCGUCAGAAUUAAUGUAUCCUCAUGAGUGCAAUGCCGCGACAAUGAACUAGGGGUGUGUUUAGUUUGGGAAUAAAGUGAAAUGAAAUGUCAUGGUUUCAUUCCA